CGGGCGGGGAGGGCGGGGCCCAGACGCUGUUUGUGUGCUCGGGCCGCGACGGGAGCCGGGGCCGCCGCAGCACUGCCCAGCAGAGCCGACGCCAGCGCCCCGCUCCGUGCCGCGGCGUCGCUGCCUUCCCGCUUCGCAGGGCGCGCGGCGCAGCAGCAGCCCGGCCAUGACCAGCAGAGGAGCUGCCAGGCCGAAUGGGCAGGCCCAAGCUAGCAAAAUCUGUCAGUUCAAGCUGGUGCUGCUGGGUGAGUCGGCGGUGGGGAAAUCCAGCCUGGUGCUGCGCUUCGUCAAGGGGCAGUUCCACGAGUACCAGGAGAGCACCAUCGGGGCGGCGUUCCUCACACAGUCCGUCUGCCUGGACGACACAACGGUGAAGUUUGAGAUCUGGGACACGGCCGGCCAGGAGAGGUACCACAGCCUGGCCCCCAUGUACUACCGGGGGGCGCAGGCGGCCAUCGUGGUCUACGAUAUCACCAACCAGGAAACGUUUGCGCGGGCGAAGACAUGGGUGAAGGAGCUGCAGAGACAAGCCAGCCCCAGCAUCGUCAUUGCCCUGGCUGGCAACAAGGCCGAUCUGGCCAGCAAGCGCAUGGUGGAGUACGAAGAGGCGCAGGCCUACGCAGAUGACAACAGCCUGCUGUUCAUGGAGACGUCGGCCAAGACAGCGAUGAACGUGAACGAUCUCUUCCUGGCCAUCGCCAAGAAGCUGCCAAAGAGCGAGCCCCAGAGCACGAGCGGUGCGGCGGGGAGGAGCAGAGGCGUGGACCUUCAUGAGCAGAGCCAGCAGAACAAGAGCCAGUGCUGUAGCAACUGAAGGGCGGCCGGCGGCAGCGGCCCGCGGGCAAGAAAGAGCGAAGCCGUUAACGUCCCCCCCGUCCCCCACACCCCCCUCCGUACCGGCACACUGAGACCCGUCGGAAGCAGCCCCCCCAGAGCUCCGUCUAACUGCACUUUUUAACGCUUCAGAGCCGCUGCCAGAGCCCCGUUACCACCCGAUGGCCUGGAACCAGAUCCACCGGGGACUUAACUUCCAGAACCGAACUCUUCUUCACUUUGUAUUAUAGGUGCAGAGAGCGACCUAACUCCCCUUCUGCCCCGCCUGUGCCCCCCUCCCGCCUCCCCCUUUGCUUUGGUAAAUCCUGCUCUCGGUCCCGCCGGGGCGCGGGGACGCGAGGAGGCGGCCGCGGCACCCUCAGACGUCGGCUUUGUGGUGUGGGGUUGGGAGCAGACCCCCGCAGAGCGGCAUUCCCCCGAGCGGGCUGCCGUGGGGUUAUUUUUAUUUUCUUUUUUCCCUCUCUUCCCUCCUCUUUCUUCUGUUUCGCUGCCCGGGGCUGGGGGGGAAGCUGCGGUGUCCUUACCUUCUUCCUCGGUGGCCUUUUUUUGCUGGAGGAUCGGAAGUGCCUGGGAACCUCUCACGGGGGAGGGGGGACGCGGGGAGACAGCGGGGACCCCGAGCUCCGGCCCCGAGCACUGCCGGCCGCGGGGCCGGCACACUUGCCCCCCGGUGGAGCCGUGCAAAUCCC